UGAUGAUGAUGAUGGAGGAUCAUGUGAUGAUGAGGAGAGGAAAGUCAUAGUGAUAAUUCUGAGGAGGGAAGUCAUAGUGAUAAUUCUGAGGAUGAUGCUGAGGAUGUUAUUGAGCAAAAUUAUGACUCACCUAAAAAAUCAAAAGAUAAGUUGGUGUAUAAACCGAGUAAUGUUAAAUCUGAUAAGGUUGGUGAAAAGAUAAUGGCUAAGAGAAAGUUAACUGAAACUUGUCAUUAUGAUGAUGACUUGAUUGGCAAUAAACAUGAUGAAGGAUUCCCAAGUAAAAGCAAGAAGUCAUGUAAUAUGCCUGACCCUCUUCUUGCACAAAAUUUGAAAGGGUCUGGAACUGCAGACGUUAGGAUUCUCAGUCUCUCAGAACAUGAUGGUGUAAUUGAGCGAUGUGAUAGCAUAAAAUCUGACAGUUCAGAAGAGGACUUCUUUUUUAGAGAUAAAGCAAAGAAAAAGGAUAAACGAAAGAAUUUAUUUGAUCCUCAUGAGAAUGCAGAAGACAGCUCAAAAAUGCUCUCAGAGAAUGACAGAAAAGGAGGUUUUGAUCAAGAUGAAAAAAUUAUUGAUACAAGUAUAUAUUUUAGAAGAAAUUUGUACAGGAAGGUUGGAGAGACUGAGAACAGAGAUCAAGGACAGGAGAGUAGGGGCUUUGAUGAGGAGAGAAGAAGUGAAAGAGGUAGACCAUCAUGGAGGAAUAAUGAUAGUGGAAGAGGCAGACCAUCAUGGAGGAGUAAUGAUAGUGAAAGAGGCAGACCAUCAUGGAGGAAUAAUGAUAGUGGAAGAGGCAGACCAUCAUGGAGGAAUGAUAACAGCAGAAACAAAGGGAAUUUUGAGAGAAGAGGAGGAAAAUGGAAGUUUAGCCAAGAUAAUCCCAAUGAGAUUCCUGUGGAUUUCAAUUGGGAAGAUAAAAGAAGACGUGUUACAGAUGCCAAAGACUGGAGUAAUAAUGUGAAUAAGCAAAAGGACAAGGGGACUGGUUUUGAAAGCAAUGAAGGAACGAAGACAGCUGCGAAUAAAGGUCAGAGGGAGGAAGGUUUACAUCCAUCCUGGCAAGCCAAGCGACGGGAAAGACAGCAAGAAGUUUCGAUCAACCAGUUUAAGGGGCAACGCAUUGUGUUUGAGUGAUGUCCUGUGUGUAAUAUUGUGAUAUUAAUAAAAGUCUGGGAAGUGCUCA